GGGGGCCUCAUGGUGGUCGCUCCCGUGCGCGCGCGGGUGCAGAAUGUCGGCGUAGGCCCAGACACCGUGCCGCCGAGGGCGGCUCCCGCAUGGCCGCGAGCCGACAGCACCCGCUGCCACCACUCGCGCGGCGCGCGGCCAGUCCGCUGGGCGCCUCAGGAGGCCGCCGGCGGCAGCCCGAUGCUGGCGCUGCGCGCCGCCCGCGCGACCGAGCCCUUCGCGGGCCAGCUGCCCUGCUGGGCGCUCGGGGCGGCCGUUGCCACGGGCGGCGCAUGGCGUGGGACCAGCGCGGGUGUCGGCGGCCGCAGACAUAUGCGUGCGCAGGGCAGCGCGCCAGCGGGGCCACAGAUGCAGCAGCUGACGCUCGUCGACGGGCACGCCUGCCUUCACCAGGCGCGGCCAGCGGGGGGGGUGCGCGGCCGGGCGGUGCCACG